AUGGCGACCCCCACCGCGAGCAGCUCCCACCACCAGCAACAACAGCACUUCCAACAACAACACCAAUAUAACCACCAGCAGACCGACCCAGGCACAGCCGGCGACGGCGGCGAUGGCGACCCCAAGAAGGCGCGCGCGUGCGAGAGCUGCCGCGGCCUCAAGGUGCGGUGCGUGCCCGACCCGGCCGACCCGGAGGGCGCGUGCAGGCGGUGCGCCAAGGCCGGGCGGGCGUGCGUCGUGACGCAGCCGACGCGCAAGCGGCAGAAGAAGACGGACAGCCGCGUCGCCGAGCUGGAGAGGAAGAUCGACGCGCUGACGGCGAGCCUGCAGGCGUCGAGGGGCGGGGCGGCGGCGGCGGCGGCGGCGGCGGCGGCGGGGUCGGAUGGUCAUGUGGGUGCUGUUGCGGCUGCUGGUGCUGCUGCUGGGUCGUUGGCGGCGAGGGGUUGGGCUGCACAGGCGCCCGGCGGGGAGAGGACGCUGCAGGCCCAGCUGCGGACGGCGCAGGGCGGGAGCCAGCACCAGUCGGCGUUUGUCGGUAGGACGGCGGACUCACAGAACAACCAGAACAACAACAGCGGCAGCGGCGGUGGCAACAGCCCCGUCAAGAACAAGAUAUAUCCCCCGCCGAUGGUGAUGGCGGGCCAGAAGAGGAAGUUCACGGAGAGCAGAGAUUCCGCCGCGGAGAACGCCCGGGAGGCACACCCGGCGACGCCGCAGAGCCAGAACAACCCGGGCCACGACUACUUGGAUGUCGUCGAUAGGGGGGUCCUGACCAUGGACAGGGCUGCCGAGCUGUUUAUCCGAUACACCGACCAGAUGGUGUCGCAUCUGCCAGGGGUCGUCUUUCCCGCGGGCACGACCGCGGCAGAGGUCAGGAAAUCAACGCCGACCCUGUUCCACGCCAUCAUGGCUGCCAGCUCCUCCGAGUUCCCCCUCAUCCAGCGGCGUAUGGUCAAGGAGUUGAUGGAGAUCUUUGCCGAGAAGGUCAUCGUCCGGGGCGAGAAGAGCCUGGAGCUCGUGCAGGCGUUGCACGUUGCGGUGAUCUGGUACUGGCCCCCCGAGCACUUUGAGGAGCUCAAGUUCUACCAACUGGUGCACAUCUCUGCCGUCAUGGCUCUUGAUAUCGGCUUGGGCAGGAAGCUGGGUAAUCCGGGAGGCUUCAGGAAGUAUAUCCAGAGUUCUGCAUACAAUCACCAGCAUGUCAGGAAGCCUCGGUCGCCAGACCCAACCAGCAUCGAGUGCCGGAGGGCUUGGCUGGUGUGCUAUUUCCUCGCGACCAACACGUCCAUGGCAAUGCAUCGCCCGAACCUUGUCAGGUGGUCCUCGUUCAUGGCCGAGUGCAUGGACGUCCUCGAGUCCUCCCCCGACGCGGCGCCGACAGACAAGUAUCUGUGCCACCUUGUGUGGUGCCACAAGCUGGCUGAAGACGUAGGGAUCCAGUUUUCGAUGGACGACCCCUCCACCGCUGUUAGUAUAGCGGAUGCUAGGACGCAGUACGCGCUGAGAGCCUUCGAGCGGGAGCUGGAUAGGUAUAGGAAAUCCAUUCCCGAUGACAUGCUUCUACCAACGUUGAAGAUGAGCUUCCACGUCAUUAGCCUGUACAUGCACGAGACCGCCACGCAGAUUGACACGGGCGAGGAGUGCAGGCAUCCAACCACGGCCGACGAUCUCAGGGACGCGCUCGCGUCCGACGCGCCGCUCACCCCGGCCCACGUCGCCGCCCUCUCGGCGUGCCUGACCGCCAUCGACGGCAUAUUCGAGGUGUUCCUCGCCAUGGACGUCGCCUCGAUCCGGUGCCUACCCGUCUUCAACUUCAUCCGCAUCGCCUACGCCUUCGUCGUGCUGAUCAAGAUCUACUUUGCCGCGUCGUCGCCCAAGAGCGAGCUGGGCAAGGUCAUCGACAAGGACCACAUGAAGGUCGAACAGCACCUCGAGAACCUGCUCGACAAGUUCCGCGCCACCGCCGCCGACGACAAGAGCCGCCCGGCCACAAAGCUCCUCAUCGUCCUGGCGAUGCUGCGGUCCUGGUUCCAGAAGCAGAACCCCAAAGCCCCAACCGCCGCCGCCGCCACUUCCUCGGACGCGCCGCCCACACCAGGGUGCCCUGCCGCCGCGGCAGCCCCCGAGACGGCCCGGUACGACCCCCGAAACGGCAGGGAACAACUACAGCAGCAACAGCAGCAGCAGCAGCAGCAGCAGCCGGAAUACCCGACAGCCAACACGCCCCUCCAGCUCCUGUCCGAGAUCGCGACCAGCGACUCGGCCUCCGCGCCGCCGCAACAACAACUUACCGGCGGCGGCGGCGGCGGCGGAGGCGAAUUCCCCUGGCUGAACCGCCUGCAACCCGCCGCGCAGCAGCAACAGCAGCCGUUCGUGUACGGCGGCGGGGGCCCCGGCCCGGCGACGACAAGCGACGGGACGCCGACGAGCCUGGACCCGUCUGGCGGGGGCCCCAUCCCGUGGCUUGGGAGUGGGGGUCCGGGUCCCGGCACGCUGGCUGCGGAUUUCGAGUACGUCGGGCUCGGAGACGGGUUCGCGCGGGCGAUGGAUCUCACGCUGGCGGGGCUGGCGGACGGGGGGUUCGGGUUCGGGCUCGGGCUCGGCGGGCCCGGCGGCGGGUACGAGACGGGGAUGAGGUAUGUCUUGCAGGAUCCACCUUACUUGGAUGGGAUGGGGGGUGGGGGAGGGGAGGGAGGCGGCGCGGGCGGGUUCGGAUAUCAGUUUUGA